CGUCUCCGCAGCGACCAUCAUGGCGCUGAACGGCGGCACGGACGAGGCCGAGGCGCGGCGGGAGCGGCUGGACCGGGCGAGCCGGGCCAUGGGGGCGCUGCUGCUCCGGGGGUACCGAAUGUUGGGGAGCUCCUGCCCGGAGUGCGGGACGGUUCUGCUGCAGGACAAGGAGCAGCGGCUGCUGUGCGUGAGCUGCCAGGACCCCGAGCAGGGACACGCCGCCGCCCCUCCCUCUGCCCCUCCCCGCCCCGAGCGCUGCGAGGGCGCGGCCGCCGCGUUCCGGGGCUCCCCCCGCCCAGCCCCGGAGCCCCCCGGUGCCGGUGCCGAUCCCGGUGACGGUACCGGGGCCGCGGUGGCGGCGGCGCGGGCGGCGCUGCUGCAGAAGCUGCUGUGGGCGGCGCGGGAGCUGCCCCGCAGCGGCUCCGUGGAGGGCAGCGCCCGCCUCUGCCGCCUGGUGCGGGACUGCGCCCUGGCCCUGAGGGGGCUGCGCGACCUGGAGCCCCCCGGGAGCCACCCGGGACCGUCUGAGACACCGUGAGACCCCCGGGACCCCCCCUCGGGGCACCCCCAGACAUUCUGAGAC